UGACUACUGUUUUACUGUUUUUGCAGUUCGCUGAGAUUAGCUUGCAUCGACAGUGAAUAAACUCAAACUCUCUAUUAGCUUGUUUUGAGAAUUUGAGUUGGUUGGAAUAGUUGGUUCAAAAUGAAUGGGAACAGACAAAUGGAGGUGCAUUACAUAGAUACUGGUUUUCCCUACACUGUUACUGAAAGUUUCAUGGAUUUCUUUGAAGGUUUGACACAUGUUCCUGUGAAUUACACCCAGGCAGCGCCGAUCCAUGAUCAGGAAAAUAUCUACUGGUCAUUGAAUAUGAAUCCAUACAAGUUUGGAUUUUCUGGUCCAGAGAGUACUUAUUACUAUGGUCAAUAUGAGGUAAAUGAUCAUUUGCCUAGAGUAGAUGCUGGCAGGAGGACUUGGGAAUACGAUUCGACAAUGAACACUGAUGAACCUACAACCACAGACUCACAAUGUGAAGAAGAAGUCGUCAUGAAUGUGCAUGCUAUACCUGAAGAAUGCAGUCCAAAUCAUCAGAGUUCUAAUAGUUCUCAAGUCGUUUGGCAAGAUAAUAUCGAUCCAGAUAACAUGUCCUAUGAGGAACUACUUGACUUGGGUGAGACAGUUGGAACUCAGAGUCGAGGUCUCUCCCAGGAACUUAUUAAUUUGCUUCCAACCGCAAAAUACAAGUUUGGAAACCUAUUCUCAAGAAAAAAAUCAGGGGAGAGGUGUGUGAUUUGCCAAAUGAGGUACAAAAGAGGAGAUCGACAAAUGAAAUUGCCAUGCAGGCAUGUUUACCACUCUGAAUGCAUCAGUAAAUGGCUUAGCAUUAACAAGAUAUGUCCGAUCUGCAACAACGAGGUAUUUGGCGAGGAAUCAAAGCAUUAAAGCAUCAAAGUGGAAGACAGUUUUAUUUCUAUCUUUUACCCAUUUAUUAUUUUUCUUUUGUGCACAUAGGAACAGUAAAGGAACUAAGACGAAACCCCGGUAGUAUAAGUUUUUAUAAUCUUCGUUUCUAUAGUAAGAGAAUGUGAAUUUCAGAUUGGUCUCUGAGUCUGAAUUUUGUGUUUAUCUGUGAUGAUAUCCAAGCAGCCCUUCUUAGUGGCCUUAAAAUAUUUAAGCCUU